UCCAGCUUGUUUCUUGAAUCUUGAAUCUUGGAUCAUCAAUUAUUAGUCUUUCUCUUACUGUACCAUCUUUAGGGUGAAUGAAAAAGGUUAUCAAUCCGCGGUAAGUGUAGGCCUUGGAUUAGUGAUCAAGUCCCGGAGAAGGGUGUUUUUGCAGGGUAAUUGCCCGAAUUCAGGUUCAGACAUCGGUCUUGUAAGAAGGGAAAUUUUUUCAUAAUGUAAGAUGAUUAUGGUGCAGGCAAAUGUAAAUAUUGGAGAUCUUUUCUAUAUAUAUAGCGGAUUGAAAAGAAAAAUUUUAUAAUGACGUCUUCCCCACCUCUAGUGCAAAAACUAGCAGCUGAUCCUGCAACAAAUAAGAAUGCACAGAGCAGUGUAACUUGCGUUUACCAGGCGUAUAUUGGAGGUUGUUGGCGAAGCAUUACUGUUUUAUGGACCAAGAACAUGAUGAACUAUUCGUUAAUCAUGUCUGUGGAUAGUAUGGAAACUGAUCACCAUCAAACCUGCAAAGUUGAAUUAAAGCCUUGGCAUUUUUGGUCGAGGAAAGGGUACAAAUCUAUUAACGUAGACGGUUACCAGGUGGAUGCAUAUUGGGAUUUUCGGUCUGCUAGAUUUUCUGGAAGUCCUGAGCCUUUCUCAGAUUAUUAUGUAGCAAUAGUUUCAGAGGAAGAGGUGGUGUUAUUAUUAGGGGAUUUGAAGAAGAAGGCUUAUAAGAAGACUAAAUCAAGGCCUGCUUUACAUGAUGCAUUUCUGUUUUACAAAAAGGAACAUGUGUUCGGUAAGAAGAAUUUUGCAACACGAGCAGCAUUUGAUCAGACAGCAAAGGAACAUGACAUUGUCGUUGAAGGCUCAACAUCGGGGCCUAAAGAUCCUGAAAUGUGGAUCAGUGUUGAUGGGAUCGUGCUUGUCAAUAUCAAGAACUUGCAAUGGAAGUUCAGGGGAAACGAGACCAUCACAAUAAAUAAGCAGGCAGUUCAGGUUUAUUGGGAUGUCUAUGGAUGGUUAUUUUGUGACCCGGGGUCUAAUCACGGAUUGUUUAUAUUCAAGCCUUCUGUAACAGAACACGAGGGCGACAAAGAUGCCAAUGGUAGUGCUCACGGUAAUGGCAGUGAUUGCAGCGGGGAUAGCAUGUAUUACUCUACCGUAGGACAUUCAAAAGAAACACAAUUUUGCCUUUUUCUUUAUGCUUGGAAAGUUGAAUAGUGACAAGAAUUAUAAAUUCAAUUGCAUUGAGUAUUAAUGGCUUCUGAUUUGUGCACAUUGUUGAUUGUGGUUAUUCUGUUUGGCUUGCUA